AUGUCCGUGUCCAUAAUGACCCCCCCCUGUUUUUUCCUCGGGUCUUGCAACUGUAAUCAAUUUAUUAAGGUUUCGUUUGGAGUUCAUAGUUCUUUGCUUGCUUAUUCGAGUAACAUGAUGGCAUAUUCUGAGCCAGUAGACAUCUAUGUUCAUUCUGAGUUAGAACUCUGCGUCAAGGAAAUCCUUUCUUGUAUCAAACCCACGGUGGCUGAUAUUCAAAAUCGAGAAAUUGCCAUUAAUGAGCUUACAGAUGCUAUUCAGAUGGACCAUAGAUUAAGCGGUGCUUCGGUCAAGCCUUUCGGAUCUUUUAUUUCAAACCUUUACAGUAGAUGGGGUGAUUUGGACAUCUCUAUUGAUAUGACCCAAUAUAGCGCUUCUUCUGGGAAUAGAAGGCGCAAGCUAAAUGCACUAGAAAAUAUAAUGUGGGCUUUACAAAGAACUGGUGUUGCAAAUAAUAUGAAGUUUAUCCGACUUGCUAGAGUACCUCUUGUCGUGUAUCAGAGCAGAUGCUACAAUAUAUCUUGUGACAUCUCUAUCGAUAACCAAGCUGGUUAUGUCAAGUCUUGUCUCCUGCGUUUGAUCAGCUACAUUGAUGAGCGAUUCCGUGAAUUAGUUUUGUUGAUCAAAGAAUGCGCCAAAGCACAACAUCUUAAUGACCCAAGAGCAGGGACUUUAAAUUCUUACUCACUUUGCCUACUGAUUAUCUUCCACUUUCAGACAUGCAGGCCUGCAAUUUUUCCUCCUCUCAGGGAUUUAUAUAAGGGAAAUAUUGUUAAUGAUUUGAAAGGUCACACUACAUGGAGACACGUUGAGGAUUCCUUUGCUGCAAAAAGUGCUACGUUUAUGUCCCAAUUUUCUGGUCAGAGAAACCAAAGCUCUAUUUGUCAGCUUUUAAUUUCUUUCUUUGACAAGGUAAUUCUCCAAGAAUUGUGUUGGUACUUGAUUAUAUUAUUUGGAAUAUGUUAUUGAAAUACAUCGCUGUCCAUACCUCAAGAGUACAAAGAAUAACUUAGUGAACUAAAUUGGCAUUUAGUACUAUACUCCCAAAAUGAUGUUAACUAGUUAUGCAUAAACACAAGUGCAGAAAUUUUUUGUAAUAAUAUUCAUUAGCCUCUCCAAAGAGGAAGAGGGGAUAUAAAUAGCUAGGAUUUACAAUAAAUAAAUAAAAGACACACAUGACCCUAAGGGUCACAAGCAACUAUUCCCUCAAGUGAGGGUUGAAACGAAAAAAUGCAUAAAUAAAUUAAAUACAUAUGAUAACUCAAAAUUAAAUCGGUGCGAUCAUGGCCGUAGAUCGUCGCCCUCGUCUCUAAUAAACCUUCCAAGGUCAGAUGUCCUCAUCAAAACCAGUCUGAUUUUUAUUUUGGCGUUGAUGUAGAAGGAAUUUUAUUUUUAUUAGUCUUAUUUUUAUUUAUAUCAUUAAGUUAACAAUUGGCUAGCAUGUCAAACCUCAGUCAAGUCUUUUUGCCAUAUAUUAGGGUUAUUUUAGCCUUUAACCCCUCAGCCUCAACUCCUACCAUUCUUUGUGACAACAUAUCAGCCCUUUCUUAUAUUUGUCCAAUAAGAAUCCCUUGGAUCUGCAAACAUCUGGGAUAAUGUCAAGGACACACCUAAACAAGUAUCAAAGCAUAGAGAUCAUCUUCAUUCUAGUUUCAAGAAUAAAGAUGAUCUCUAUGCUUUGAUCUUGGUUUAGGUAGGUCCUUGGCAUUAUCCUAGAUGUUUUUAACUUCUAGAAAUUCUUGUUGGACGAAUAGAAGAAAGGGCCUUACAUCCAGAUCCAAUCCUCCUCAUGAAAGGUUAAACUUCAGAUGGAAAUUUCUGUUGAUGAAAAAGGUAUUGCUCUUAUGGCUUCAUCGCAGAGCAUGACCGGAAAUUGAUAGAAAAUGCUGUGAAUUGCUUUGCCUAAUGCCAAUGAGAUUUUAGGAGUGAAACACAGCUUGAUCCUGACCAUCUACAACUGAUCACCUCAUCUUCAAAAGCAGGCCCUAUCUGCACUAAAACUAUGUUUAAAUAUGAAUUAUAAAAAGGUCCAAAGUUGUGGACCAAUUGAAAGGUAACAAUUGAGCAUAUUAAGACCCAUCUUGUUGACUGAUAACUUGAAGGUGACCUAAUCAAUGGUUUGAGAUUUGUGGGUUCCACUUUCAUGGCCUAUUUAGGAAUUGCCUCAUGUAUUGAAUUUCAUGCAAUGAGGGAUGCCCAUCUAGUCCUAUAUCAACUAACAGCUCGUUCUCUACUCAUUAAACAAUUUACAUUAAUUUCUUCGGAUAAUUAAUCAUUUGAAUACAAACUCAAAUAUUUUGU